UACCCUUUUCCCACAACUGCUUGAAACUUUUGAACCAAAAAAAAAAAAAAAAAAGUGUUUUCUUGGUUUGGCUGAAGCAGUGAUUUUGUCUGUUGUGUGAACAGAGUGAAGUAGAGAAGAGGGUUCAAAUGGGAGAGAAAUUAGGAGUUUGUGCUAUGAAUCUUCUUCCCAUGUGGGUUUUCUAUUCCUUGUUUUCAAUAAUUGAUGCCAGACCAGACCUUCCUGGUUUCUCAAUUUCUUCCACUGUUUUUGCUUCUCACUCACAACCCAUCUCUCUCAUUGUAGCCAAAAUGGAAGCUCAAUCCCCAGGAGUUUCUGAGGUUAAAGUAGUUCACCAUCAAGAUUUGAACAAGAGAAUUCUUAUUGCAUUGAUUAUUUCUUCCACUCUUCUUGGAGCUAUACUGCUGUUCCUUUUGUGUUUUUGGAUAUAUCGUCGAAAAACGUCGAACAAUGAUGAUGGAAAGUGUCAAAAGAAUUUGGAGGCUUCGAAAGGGACGGCAUUAAAUCCCAUAAUAUCUAGAUUUAACUCUUUGAGGUUGGCUAACUUUAAAGGUUCGGUUUCCACCAUCGACUAUAAAUUGUUGGAAGCAGCAACUGAUAACUUCAGCAAAAGCAAUGUUUUGGGAGAAGGCGGUUCGGGACAUGUUUACAAAGCUUGCUUCAAUGAUAAAUUGCUGGCAGCUGUGAAGAGAAUAGACAAUGGAGGACUGGACGCUGAAAGAGAAUUCGAGAAUGAGGUGAAUUGGUUGAGUAAAAUACGACAUCAAAAUGUGAUCAAACUCUUGGGGCACUGCAUUCAUGGCGAGACACGGUUUCUCGUUUAUGAGAUGAUGCAGAAUGGAUCUUUGGAGUCUCAAUUGCACGGACCAUCUCACGGAUCAGCUUUAACAUGGCAUAUUCGGAUGAAGAUUGCUGUUGAUGUUGCGAGAGGCUUGGAAUAUCUUCACGAGCAUCGGAAUCCUCCUGUUGUCCAUCGGGAUUUGAAGUCGUCGAAUAUUCUUCUAGAUUCAGACUUUAAUGCCAAGCUCUCUGACUUUGGCCUUACUGUAAACUUGGGAGCUCAAAAUAAAAACAUAAAGCUCUCGGGAACUUUAGGUUACGUCGCCCCAGAAUACCUUUUAGACGGUAAACUAACAGAUAAAAGUGAUGUCUAUGCGUUCGGAGUUGUUCUUUUGGAGCUUUUGACUGGGAAAAUGCCCGUCGAGAAGAUGGGACCUACUCAAUCUCAAUCUCUAGUUUCAUGGGCAAUCCCACAGCUCAGUGACAGAUCAAAGCUACCGAAAAUUGUCGAUCCCGUGAUAAGGGACACAAUGGAUUUGAAGCACUUAUACCAAGUGGCUGCUGUAGCUGUUCUAUGUGUACAAUCAGAACCAAGCUAUCGACCAUUAGUUACCGACGUUUUACAUUCCCUCAUCCCUCUCGUACCCGUAGAGCUCGGAGGAUCUCUAAGAAUGACAGAGCCUCUGCAUCCAAAAGUGCCUCCAUCAACCAGCUAAAUGAUUAGAGGAAACUGAAUUCAUUUGCUUAGUUCAGUCACGUAAUACACAGGUCAAAUGGAAAAGAGAUGCAGAUUUUGGUGUUACAAGACAGUUCUUUUGUUUUUUGUUUCUUUCCCCCAUCUUUUCUGCCAUUUAUGUAACUCUGAUUAAUCUUGAUCAGAUGCUGUCUUUUGGAGAUUUACAAAUGAAAAAUAUGUAAUUGAGAAGAGGCAGUUUUCUUGGAAUCUUAGCAGCUGUAAGUCAAGAAAAAGGGGGGGAAAUGGUAUUUUUGAAGUUUGUUUAUGAGCUUCAACUAUUUCUCAAGUUCAUAUGAAAUGAAGUUAUUGUUCACACA